CAAUUAGCAGUAAUACAUCGUUCAGACAAAAUCUACAAUCGCCUCUAUCUAAUUGGUGAGGAUAAGAAUCGCUAUAGAACCAUCAAAGAUUCUUCAGAAAACAAUAUGUUACACUUGGCUGGAAGAUUGGCACCUUCACAAGUACUCAAACGUAGAACAGGUGCAGCAUUGCAACUACAAAGGGAGCUUCAAUGGUUUGAGGAGCUGAAGAACUUCAUGCAUCCAUCAGCCAUCACYGAAGAAAACAGUUUUGGAGAGACACCUCAUCAGGUGUUUACUAGGGAACAUGAGAACUUGGUGAAGGAGGGAGAAAAGUGGAUGAAAACCACAGCAGAAUCAUGCAGUAUCAGUGCUGCACUAAUUACCACCAUCGUAYUYGCAGCAGCAAUUACUGUACCRGGUGGAAGCGAUCAACAAACAGGCAUCCCCAUGUUUAGAAAAGACAUCGCCUUCACUGUCUUCGCUAUAUCAGAUGCAAUCUCAUUAUUCACAUCCACUUCUUCAUUAAUGGUGUUCUUGUCGAUCCUCACUGCACGUUUUGCUGAGAAUGAUUUUUUGGUUAGCUUACCGAAACGAUUAAUUAUUGGCCUUUGCACAUUGUUGCUCUCUAUAACUUCCAUGAUGGUAGCCUUCGGUGCGACCUUGUACCUUCUCUUUUGUCGUGAAAACCCAUGGAUGCUUGGUCCAAUAUGUGGACUUUCUUGCCUCCCCAUUCUGUUUUUUGUUACUCUACAAUUCCCACUCAUAGYUGGUCUAUAUAGAUCGACUUAUGUACCCAUCUUUCACAAAACGUUGGUUUAAUCCACUCGACGUAGAAGGGUGUUUCGUUAUGUGAAACUAGUAUGUUGUUAUUGGUUAUAAGCCAAACGUCUUAUAUAAGACGUUAUGUCUGACAGUUACCUGAUACGUCCUUAUCGU